CUUUAGUUAGUUGCUUUUCAUGUAAACUUUGUCUUAUUUAUUAGUUAAUUUGUUAUUUUCGUCUUUUAAUUUCCUAGUUGGUCUGUCCUUGGUUGCAAUUUCAACUCAUGAUUAACUCAACUUUAACCUUUCAUUUCAUCUCAUUUUUCACAAAACACUGAACGUUAUAAGAGACGUUUUAAAGCAAGUCUAGUCAGUUUACAGUUUUAGGAAACUCCUUCAACAUGUCACUUCUUUUGUAAUUUAUUUCCUAGUUUUUUAUUACCUUUUGGCAUUCACUAGUGACCAGUUCAAUAAGUUGACCGGCUAUUCAAGUUUUUUUGUCUCAAUCUGUUUUGUUGAAAAAGAGAAGCAAAAAUUUGGCUAAUUUUGGUUCUUUAAUGUUUAUAUUUUUCUCAUCAUGACUUGUUUUGGUCUUUGUGGUGAUUCACUUGGUAAAUCGGGCUUGUACAAAUCAUCAUCGAAUCAGCGUCACAUUCAUCGACUUUUAUUGGCCCUUCUCACUGUUUUAAUAGUAGUUGCUGUUGUCCUUUUUGUGACUCUUUACGCUUCUUCGUCAUUCACUCAAGUCAACUUUUUAGGUAAACACACGUCUAGUCAACCUUUAGGUGUCUACCAACAUGCAGCUGUAUCAACUGAUGGUCCUGGUUGUGCCAAGUAUGGAAGACAAAUGUUGGAACGCAAUGGAACUGCUAUGGAUGCUCUGAUAUCGGUGUUAUUGUGCAUGGGAGUUGUGAUUCCGGAAAGUCUAGGACUUGGUGGAGGAUUGUUCAUAGUCUACUAUAAAAGGGAUGAGAAUCAAGCUUGGGUCAUUGAUGGCAGAGAGACUGCUCCAGCUGCAGCAACAGCAGACAUGUUUGCUGCUGAUCCGAAAAGUGCCUCAAAAGGUCCUUUAUCGAUGGGAGUUCCUGGUGAAUUGGCUGCUUACUGGGAAGCGCACAAAAAGUUUGGUUCCUUGAGUUGGGAUCAACUAUUUGAAGGAGCAAUUGAUAUAGCCAGCAAUGGGUUUCCCAUUCAUGAUCAUCUUUACACGGCCUACUUGAAUAACCAAUUGGUGCACAACUCAACAUUGCUAAAAAACUUAUUUACCAAUCCAGCAACAGGUAAAUUUUAUGAAAUGAAUGAAAUAAUGAAGCGACCAGAUUUGGUUCCAACUUUUGAAACGUUGGCGAAAAAUGGUGUUGAUGAGUUUUAUCGAGGUUCAAUGGCUAAGACUUUAGUCAAUGAGAUUCGUGAGGCUGGAGGAAUCAUCACUGAACAAGAUUUUGCCAAUUAUAAAGCAAAUGUUUACCAAGCAGUCAACAUUAGUUUAUCUAAUGGAAUGAAACUUUACUCAAAUGAUCUUCCUGGAAGUGGACCUCUUCUUGGGUUCAUGUUGAAUACCUUCUUAGAAUUGGGAAUUAAAAAGAAUGUCGGCCAAUCAUUGGAAGAUUCAGUUACUUAUUACCAUCGAUUUGUAGAGAUCUUUAAACAUGCUUACGCUCAACGAACAAGACUAGAAGAUCGAAGUUUCAACAGAAUUGAACCCCAACUAAAGAGGCUGUUAUCUCCUGAGUUUGUAAAGACUGUCGCUGCCAGAAUCAACGACGAAAGAACUUAUCCUCAAACUUAUUAUUCGAGUUUAGUUUCCCUUGCUAAAGAUCAAGGUACCUCGCAUGUAUCGAUUGUCGAUAAGUAUGGUAAUGCAGCAUCUGCGAGUUCAACAAUAAAUGCCUACUUCGGAGGUGGCGUCAUGUCUCAAUCAACUGGAAUUAUUUUCAACAACGAAAUGGACGACUUUUCAUCGCCCAAUAUAACCAAUCAAUAUGGAUUGCCACCAACAGAAUUCAACAAAAUCGAACCUGGUAAACGACCUUUAUCUUCCAUGUGUCCAGCUGUGAUUGUCGAUGAAUCUGGUGAAGUAAGAAUAGCUAUUGGUGCUUCUGGUGGAGCUCAGAUAACAUCUUCAGUAGCCCUGAAUAUUGCUCGAAAUCAGUUUCUUGGGGAAGACUUGAAGUCAACAAUUGAUGCACCAAGAAUUCAUCAUCAAUUUUCACCAAAUGUAAUUAAAUAUGAAUCUGAUUUUCCCAAGAAUAUCCUCGCUGAACUACAAGAUAGAGGUCACAAAGUGGAAGUAAUCACCGGCAGAUCUUCAAUUGUCAUGGCCGUUGCUCGUACCGCUGAUGGUAAAUUGACUGCUAACUCUGAUUAUCGUAAAGGAGGUUCGAUCGAUGGUUAUUAGGUUCACUUAUUUAUUCAGUUUUGUAGUAUUUAUUACAAAAGUCUGCUAAUCGUUGCAUCUCAUUUUUCAUCUCAACGACAGCCAGACAAUGUUGAAUAGGUUAAAUAAAUGAAAUUUAAUCAACUAAACAAAUCUUUCAUUCAAAGUAUUUAAUAAUAAAUAUUCAUUUUUUACUCAA